AGCUCGGGGAUCCAGAUCCCCCGGCGAGCAGCUGCCAAGGCUUUCCUCCCACAAAAUCCCGCAGCUCGCGCGGCGCCGGCUCGUAUUUAACAGAUGGCGAGUUGAUCGCGGGCCCCAGUGCAGGUCGAGCGGCAGAUGGUGGCCGGCUCUCUUCGCUGCUCUCUUGCGCCCUCUGCCGCUAGGACUGGGCUGCAGCCCAAAGCACUCCGAAGCACACAAAAGGCAGGAUUCCCUCCGAAGAGUCUCGUGCAUCCGAAUUCUUGGUGGUCUCUUUAAUUAUAAUAAUAAUUAAAAAAAAAAUAUCGAAGUUUUUAUUUUGCAUCAUGACGACUAAUCUCACCGCCGAAAAUCACCGAUUGAUGCUGAGUGAUGGGAACAGCAUCCCUGUGAUUGGACUUGGGACAUACGCCGACCCUAAAAAGACCCCCAAAGGCACUUGUGCCGAAUCUGUGAAAACCGCCAUUGAUGCAGGUUACCGCCACAUUGAUGGUGCUUUUGUUUAUUACAACGAACAUGAAGUGGGAGAGGCCAUCCGGGAGAAGAUCUCUGAAGGAAAGGUCAAGCGUGAAGACAUAUUUUAUUGUGGCAAGCUGUGGAACACAUGCCACCCACCAGAGCUGGUGCGUCCAACUCUGGAGAAGACAUUGAAGGUCUUGCAGCUUGACUACGUUGAUCUCUACAUUAUUGAGCUGCCAAUGGCUUUUAAGCCUGGAGAGCGCCUCUACCCAAAGGAUGAAAAUGGGAAAUGGAUGUACCAUGAGACAGACCUAUGUGCCACUUGGGAGGCUUUGGAAGCAUGUAAAGAUGCAGGGCUAAUGAAGUCCAUUGGGGUGUCCAACUUCAACCGUAGGCAGCUGGAGAUGAUCCUCAACAAACCGGGACUCAAGCACAAGCCUGUCAGCAACCAGAUUGAAUGCCACCCAUAUUUCACCCAGCCCAAACUUUUAGAAUUUUGCAAACAACAUGACAUUGUCCUUGUCGGAUACAGCCCUCUAGGAACAUCAAGAGACGAAAGCUGGGUGAAUGUGUCUUCCCCUCCGCUGCUGGAGGACCCUGUGUUAAAUGCCAUUGGAGAAAAAUACAACAAGACGGCGGCCCAAGUGGCGCUCCGCUUCAACAUCCAGCGAGGGGUGGUGGUCAUCCCUAAGAGCUUCACCGCAGAGCGCAUUAGAGAGAACUUCCAGAUCUUUGAUUUUUCCCUUACUGACAAAGAAAUGAAAGACAUUGAAGCUCUGAACAAAAAUAUCCGCUACGUGGAGAUGUUGAUGUGGCAGGACCAUCCAGAGUAUCCUUUUCACGAUGAAUACUGAAAAUGAUGCAUCCACUACUCUGUGCUUGGUUUUAGUGAUCUUUGUUCCUUGUUAUCUUUUAGCUUUGAAUUUAGUAACAGCAUCAUUGUAAUCUUUCUGCAAGUCCCAUGAUUUUUCCUCUGCCAGCCCUCCACAAUUUGUCCAGGACAAUCAGGCCCACUCAGAAGAGUAGUUUCAAGUCAGUGUUCAACUGCCACUAUUAUUGUGAUGGAGGAGAGCCAAGGUGUUGUGGUUUUUGUUUUGUGUAAGAUGGAGGAUCUCUCUUUGACUUGCUGUCUCAAAUUUUUGUCUUGCGUAACAAACAUUAAAGAACAUUUUUGAUUAAAUCUCUGAUGAACUUGAACAGUUGGAUGCGAGGUCAGGAAACAUAGUAUGAGGGUGGCAAUCAUUCAAAGCAAAACUGGAUGUGAAAUUUGGAGUAGCUUACUU